UGGCAAAUCUUGAAACUAGCACUUCUUAUGCAUUUACUGCUGAAGCCAGUACCUCUGUUGCAGUAAAUUCUGAAUUCAGUACCUCCUACAUGGUUAAUGUUCAACCUAAUAGCUCAUAUACGAUUGACACUGAGACUAAUGCCAUCUGCGAAAAUGCGGUUUAUGAUGAAGCAACUACUGAGGAUGUUAACAGUAUAGGUUUUGGUAAUACUGUAGUAUGA